AUGGAUACUCGCGGAAAAAGUAAUGCUGAAUUCCGGACUGAGGUCAAUGACGCCUUAGCUAGGCAUGAGUCUAGCUUUGAUCAGGUGAAUGCUGCCCUUCAAGCAGUAUUAACCGAACUACAAGCCAUCCGCACCCAAAAACACCCAAACACUAACCCUCCCGAAAUCAAUCCCUUUGCAUCAGAAUCAUCAUCCCAGUUACAUAGUUCUCGCAACCCAAACACCACUAGUCAAACACACUCCCACCUCAAACUCUCAUUCCCUCGUUUUGAUGGCAGUGAGCCCACAGGUUGGGUGUACAAAGCCGAACAGUACUUCGAAUUUCAGGCCAUUGACUCGGCCCAGCAGGUCCAAUUGGCCUCCUUCCAUCUAGAUGGAAUUGCUCUCCAAUGGCACCGAUGGCUGACCAAGUUUCGGGGACCCCUUCUGUGGAACGAGUUCGUGCAAGCCCUUUUGCAACGAUUCGGACCCACAGACUACGAAGACCCAUCGGAAUCGCUCACUCGUCUCAGACAAACUACCUCUGUAGCAGCUUACCAAGAGGCUUUUGAGAGGCUCUCCCAUCAAGUUGAUGGACUACCGGAAGGUUUUUUAAUAGGAUGUUUUGUUGCAGGGCUGCGAGAUGAAAUCCAUAUUGAUGUCAAGAUUAAACAUCCCCACACACUGACAGAAGCAAUUGGAGUUGCCCGACUGAUUGAGGAGCGCAAUCUACUGCAGAGGAAGACCCAUCUUCCAAUUCGGUCUUCUUCCAUGAAUUUACCCUCCAGGGCACCAGCAAAUUCAGCAGCUGGAGUGUUGGGACCACCCCCAUCACAAAGACCAAACCUAUCACCAACAUCAUUCCGGAGGAUCACCACUCAAGAAGCUCGGGAACGAAGGGAAAAGGGGCUGUGUUUCUAUUGCGAUGAGAAAUUCAAGCCAGGCCAUCGCUGUGAACGACCACAAUUGUUUAUGAUCGAAGACAGCUCCAACACCAGCCUUGAGGAAGAAAUAACAGAUACUGAGGACAUCAUCAAUUCAGAGGACAUGCCCAAAAUUUCAUUCCAUGCUAUCGCAGGUGCUGAACACCCUCAAACUUUACGGGUGUUGGGUCAAUUGGGCAACAAGAAGGUAACCGUGCUCAUUGACGGAGGUAGCACGCAUAACUUCAUUGAUCAGGUGGUGGUAACCAAAUUUGGGAUACCCAUUAAUCGCAGCCAGCGAUUUCAGGUAAUGGUGGCUAAUAGAGAGAAAAUCACUUGUACUGGGCAAUGUCAGAGCCUCACAUUAAUCAUUCAGGGCAUAGCCAUCACUGCCAAUUAUUAUGUUCUCCCGGUCACGGCUUGUCAAGUGGUACUGGGUGUGCAGUGGCUUGAGACACUAGGUCCGAUUGAAAUGGAUUUCAAAAAGCUCACUAUGAGCUACAAAACGCAUGGAGAGAAACACACCUUUUACGGGUUGAAGCACACGGGUCAUGCUGCCUUCACAGAGAAGGAGUUUCAUGGGUUACAAGGAAAUGGAUUCUUCCUUCAAAUCAUUCCCUCACAUUCCAUCAUUGACAGUAGCAGCCAUCCACCGGAGCUUAAGGCCCUUCUAUCCGAAUUCUCGCAGGUGUUUGAGGAGCCCACGGGUCUGCCUCCCCAGAGAGCCAAAGACCACCACAUACCUCUACAACCCAAUUCCAGCCCAGUAAGUGUGAGACCCUACCGCUACCCGUAUUACCAGAAAACCGAGAUAGAAAAAAUGGUGCAAGACUUGUUGAAGUAUGAAUUGAUACGCCCCAGUAAUAGCCCAUUCUCCUCUCCUGUUUUGCUGGUCAAAAAGGCGAAUGGGGCUUGGCGUUUUUGUGUGGAUUAUCGCGCUUUGAAUGAAAUCACCAUCAAAGAUAAAUAUCCAAUUCCCGUAAUUGAUGAGCUCCUAGACGAGCUGCAUGGGUCUCGUUACUAUUCCAAAUUGGACCUACGAUCCGGCUAUCACCAAAUCCGAGUACGAGACGACGACAUACCUAAAACAGCAUUCAGAACUCAUGAAGGCCAUUACGAGUUCGUUGUCAUGCCAUUUGGUCUCACCAAUGCUCCGGCAACCUUCCAAAGUCUUAUGAAUGAUCUUUUUCGUCCCCACCUUAGGAAGUUUAUUUUGGUUUUUUUUGACGAUAUUCUGGUUUAUUCCAAAUCGUGGGAAGACCAUUUAACCCAUUUGCACACUAUUUUGAAGAUUCUAGCAGAUAAUACACUCUUUGCAAAGGAGUCCAAGUGCAGAUUCGGGGUUACACAGGUUGACUACAUGGGCCAUGUUAUUUCAAACCAAGGAGUAUCGGUGGAUCCUACCAAAAUUCAAGCAGUGGUUGAGUGGCCUACCCCUACGACAGCCAAGGGGGUCCGCGGAUUCUUGGGCCUGGCCGGCUAUUACAGAAAGUUCAUCCGCCAUUUUGGAGGAAUAGCCGCACCACUUACCCGAUUGUUGACCAAGGAUGGGUUCCAGUGGAGUGCAGAAACUGAUUUGGCUUUUCAACGUCUGAAGGAAGCUUAA